AUGAGGCGUUACACGAGUUUUCAUCGUUUAAGAGACAGAUUAUUGUCCUCCUCUUUGAUGGAUAAUGAGGUUAAUGCACCAAGAUGGGACAUAAGUGCUCACUCACCCGUAAUUGAACAAGUAAUAUCGGAAUUCAAGUUUAAAUUGAAAUAUGGAGGCUUCUUUCGGUUAGCUAGGAACUCAUGUAGGCAAGUGUAUUGCUUUGGAUCUACAAAGUGUCUCUAUAUAGACACAUUUUCAUACAACUUAAAUCAUCUAGUUGAAGAGGUGAAAAGCCACUAUCCGUCACAAAGCGAUAUUGUUUUGUCAAUAGUAUUUGUUGACAAAUAUGCAAAAGAGCAAUGCUUUAUUGAACUUGAUAAUGAUAAGACCUUCAUGGUAAUGCUAAACAUGUAUAAUGAGAAUAAAGAAGUAACAUUUUAUGCGACAACCGAAAAAUUAAGGUAUAACCCUAAACCAUUAAGUUGUCAAGAUAAAGUUAUUGAUGAGUCUGAUGAUGAAAAUGAGACAGACUCGGUUUGUCCAAGUCAAGAAAGCUAUCAUAGUCUUCAUAGUUCUGAUAACGAAUAUGAGCUUUUAAAUUAUGGUGAAACUUAUGCAUAUAGUAAGAUGAAUCCAUUUAUGAAAGUGAAUUCUAAAUUCCCAAGUUGCAAGUGGAGAAUUCAUGCUUCUCUUACACAAGAUGGGGUUGCUUUUGAAGUAAAGAAAUUUGUAGAAAUUCAUUCUUGUACUCGAAGCAACAAGAGUGGUAACAAACAUGCCACUCAAGGAUGGAUUGCUGAUGUUGUCACCGACAAGUUGAAAUCUGAAGGCGAUGUCUCUCCCGCCGACCUAAAAAAGUGGCUUAUGCAUACCUACAAUGUUGAAGUACCAUAUAUGAGAGUCUUUAGAGGAAGAGAGCAAGCUUAUACUGAUAUGUAUGGCAAGUGGGAUGAUUCUUAUGUAAAUAUAUAUGAUUUCAAACAAGAACUUGAAAAGAGAAACCCAGGAAGUGUGAUGGAGAUUGAUUUGCAAAUAGUGGGUGAAAAGAAACAUUUCUUACGCUUUUUUAUAUCAUUAACAGCAUGCUCUAAGGGGUUUCUUGCUGGUUGUCGUCCUUACAUUGCGCUUGAUGCUUGUCAUUUGAAAGGGAAAUUUAAUGGUGUGUUAGCCGCUGCCACAAGUAUUGAUGGUAACAAUGGUAUGUUUCCAGUAGCCUAUGGUGUGCUUGAGGCAGAGAAUACAAAAUCAUGGACUUGGUUUCUCACAUCACUACAAAAAGCGAUUGGUACACCAAAUGGUCUUGUUAUCUCCUCUGACAUGCAAAAGGGGUUGGAAUUAGCUAUUACACAGUUAUGGGAGGCUGCAAAUACCUACUCUGUUAGUAAGCAUGAUAGAUUGUUAAAUGAAAUUGCUACUAAAUGUGCAGAUGCAAUUUCAUAUUUGAACGAGAACCAUAAAAAGAUAUGGAGUAGAAGUAAGUUUGGCACACUUGUUAAGUGUGAUUACAUUACCAACAAUAUUUCAGAAAGUUUUAACUCCUGGGUAGGUGACAUACGUUAUAAACCGGUGCUUGAUCUCCUUGAUGCAAUUAGAGAAAAGCUUAUGGAACGAUUUGACAAGAAAAGGAGUAAGGUGAAAAAAUGGAAAGGACCAUUAGUUCCAAAAGCAAAGAAGUAUCUCAAAACAAUCACUAAGAACUUGGGUGAAUAUCAAGUUUAUAGAAGCAGUGAUAAUAAAGCAGAAGUGAAGUUCAAAGGAUAUCGUUGGGAUGUUGUAUUGGAUGAGAAAAAAUUCGACAAGUUUAAAGAAGCAUAUGCUUUAGAAAUUGGUCCGAUGCCCGGAAAAGAUCAAUGGGUGAAUAUAGAGACAGUCGAUAAGAUAUACCCUCCUAUUAUAAAACGACCGCCUGGACGACCUAAAAAGAAUAGAAUUAUACCACAUGAUGAGCCCAAGAAAAGACACAAAUGUCCCCGUUGUGGUUUAUAUGGACACCAUCAAAGGACUUGCAAAAAUCCUGUGUCUCAACGUUUUGAUGAAGCAUCCUCUAGCAAGAGGAAAGAACACAAAAGAUCAUGA